GCCGAGGCGAACGACAGACCGGACGCAGCCGACCCAACCGGACCCAAACAGACGCGGUCGCCAUUCCUUUCUCCGGUGCCGCCCCGCGGCCGGCGGCUCGACUCCGUCCGUGCCCUUAUUAAGGUUGCGAAGUUCAGUCAAGAGAAAAACCGGCAGCCUCAUCGCGGAGCCGGGGGCCUUGAUGGACGGCCUCGCCGCAUCGCCGGCGAGCGAGGCGCCGUUCCGCAUCAGCUUCUCCGGCCACAGAGGGCACCUCCGCCUCGACCCCAACACACCCAACCCUGGGCCUGACUUCCUCCUGCUCCGUAGCCGCCGGCCGGCCUACGUACGAGCAGCGCGAAUGAGGACGUACCUCGAAGCCAAUUACCUCAGCCCCAAGCUCUACAUCCUCACCGCGGCCAAUGACGCCAAGGUGUGGGGAUGUGGACUGGUUUGGACCUGGCCAGGCCGCCUCUGGAGCCCUCCGCCCAUGGUGUCAUGGAUGCCUGGCCUAGAGAGGCAGAGACUUUGUGAGGGAGAGAGUGAAUAGUGAGCCGGUCCGUCUGAGGGGGCCUGCGCGAUGAUGCGGCUGAGGCGCAGCGUUGGAGAAGUCAUUUUCUAGAGGGUGCGCAGAAUG